AUGCGUUCGUCAGUCGUCCUCGCCCUAUCUGCUCUUGCAGCGACCACGCUUGGUGCGCCGGGUUGUGAAAACCGUACUCUUGAUGAAAUCCACCAAGCUGCUUUGAAAGAAGGAGGAACUGUCACUCUUUGGCACGGAGGUGACGAGAAAAAUCAGCAGGAUGGCCUGAAGCAGGCUUUCGAGAAGCGUUUCCCUGGAAUGACCCUCAACGUGACUGUCGAUCUCUCAAAAUACCACGACGGACGCCUCGACGACCAAAUCGCCAACAACAACGUCUACGUUGACAGCAUUAUCCUGCAGACGCUACACGAUUACCCUCGCUGGAAGAAGGAGGGCGCUCUUCUCAACUACAAGCCCAGCGAGUUCCCUAAAAUCGCAUCGGAUUUCGUAGAUCGAGAUGGCGCCUACUACGGUUAUGCUAUCUUCGGCUGGAGCACGACAUGGAACACCGCCAAGUACAAUGGCAGUCUUUCCGACUUUUCUGAUGCGUUGUUGCCCGAGUUGAAGGACAAACUUAUCAUGACCUACCCCAACGACGACGAUGCCGUCCUGUACGCGUUCGAUCUUGUUAUGAAGAAGCUCGGUCCCGAAUGGUUCGACGCGCUCGUCGCCCAGAACCCGACUUGGGUUCGUGGAAGCGCUACACCUGGCGACCAGCUUGCACUGGCGAACACCUCGUACGUCGCUGCUUUUGCGACGGGCGGUGGCCGUGGCGCCAACGUGAACACCUCUUCACCGAUGGACGCACCCUUCGUCACCUGGCCGCAGACCGCAGCCAUCCUGAAAGACGCCCCUCACCCCGAGGGCGCCAAACUGCUUCACAACUUCAUCCUCAGCGAUGAGUAUCAGUUUGCCUCACCCCAGUGGACCGUCCGUACUGAUGCCCCGGCUGAUUUCCCCAACAUCUUCGAGGAGAAGAACACUAAUGUGACUAACUUCCUCCCGUGGAUGCUGGAUAGGCCCAAUGUUGAGAGGCUCCGUUUCUGGUAUGAGUCUAGGCUCGGAACUGCGCAGGGUCUUAGCCCUCUUGAGGAUGAUAUGUAA